UCUCUCGCUCGCUCCCCCCACUCCGUGCGCGUCCCCCCCCCCUCCAAAGUGUGUGUGUGUGUCUCGGUCUCUGCGCUCAAUCACAUGGUGUUUUAAGAAAUGCUCCAAAGAUGGCGGUAGCGGCGGCCGGAGGGGGAGGCGUCGGCGGGCGGCUGCUGCGGAGCGGCGCGCUGGAAGUUUUGGUGCGCGACCGGUGGCACCGAGUGCUGGUGAACUUGAGCGACGAGGCGCUGGUGCUGAGCAGCGAGGAGGGGGCCGCCGCCGCCUACAACGGCAUCGGGGCAGCCGCUGGCAGCAACGCCAAUGGGACCUUUUGCGCCCGAGGGGCAGCCGCUGCGCCGCCCGCGGGCGCCCACUUGGGCGCCACCGCCGCCGCUUGCAACCUCUCCGGCGCGGGGUCUCCCGAAUCCCCGUCGGGGGGCGGCGGCAGCCCUAAACCGGGCUUGGUUUCGGGGCUCGGCGGGGCGCGCACGGCUUUCACCGACCUGCCCGAGCAAGUCCCCGAAGCCAUCUCCAACAAGAAGCGGUGCGUAAAGGUGCUGAAGCAGGAGAUGGGCGGCUUGGGCAUCAGCAUCAAGGGGGGCAAGGAGAACAAGAUGCCCAUCCUCAUCAGCAAGAUCUUCAAGGGGCUGGCGGCCGACCAGACCCAGGCGCUCUAUGUCGGGGAUGCCAUCCUGGCCGUCAACGGGACUGACCUGCGGGACGCCACCCACGACGAAGCCGUGCAGGCGCUCAAGAGGGCGGGCAAGGAGGUCCUGCUGGAAGUAAAAUACAUGCGAGAAGCCACCCCUUACGUGAAGAAAGGUUCUCCGGUUUCAGAAAUUGGGUGGGAGACUCCCCCACCAGAAUCCCCCCGGUUGGGAAAUGCGUCCAGCGAUCCCCUCUCGCAGGUUUCUCUCUCCAUCCACAGAGACAAGAAAACGAUCCCGCUCAAAAUGUGCUACGUUACACGGAACAUGGCUGCCUCUGACCUGGAAAACAGGGAGUCUGUUCUUUUCCAGGUGCUGGGGGAGAACGAGAAGCACUGGAAGCCUGUCCUGGUUGUCCUGACUGAGAAGGACCUUUUGAUGUAUGAGAACAUGCCCCGGAUCAAGGAGGCCUGGUUCAGCCCUCUGCAUUCCUAUCCUCUGCUGGCCACCAGGUUAGUGCAUUCAGGUCCGGUGAAGAGCUCUCCGCAGCCUGGGACAGAUGUCUCCUUCGCCACUCGCACAGGAACGCGGCAAGGGAUCGAGACCCACCUCUUUAGGACGGAGACGAGCAGGGACCUGUCUCUGUGGACCCGCAGCAUAGUUCAGGGCUGCCACAAUGCAGCGGAGCUGACCACGGAAAUCGCAACCGCUUGUACCUACAAGAACCAAGAGUGCCGUUUGACCAUCCAUUAUGACCAUGGGUUCUCUCUUGCAACUGAACCCCAAGACGGUGCCUUUUCCAAGACAAUUGUACAGUUUCCUUACGAGAAGCUAAAAAUGUCCUCGGACGAUGGGAUCCGGAUGCUUUAUCUAGACUUCGGAGGAAAGGAAAGUGAAAUUCAACUGGAUCUUCACUCUUGUCCAAAGCCAAUCGUGUUCAUCAUUCAUUCCUUCCUUUCAGCCAAGAUUACAAGACUCGGUCUGGUAGCAUGAACUCUGUCCACUGAGGGGGUUUUGCACGGAAGAAAAAUAGGAACAAAGAGCUACCAGGCUAAUCUGAAUUGCAAGAGACAGCCUGGCCACAGGCGUAGCUGCAAGCAACAUGCAUAACUGUUUUGUGCAGGGACUUCGGCCGUGUUGGGGGGCACAGCCCCUGUGCUUGGAUCAGUUACAACAACAAAAACGCAGAAGGAAUAAGAAUAAUCAAGGAAACCAGAGAGAGCAAGAACAUUCGCUUCAGCUAACACUGAUUUGCAAAAGGGGGGUGGAAUGUGGGAAACACAACAUAGCUCACUAUAAAUAACGGCAGACUGAGUAUUGAAGGAAUAAUCAUAUAAGACUACAUAGAAGUAUUUCAGAUUCAUAACUGUGCCUCUUGUCAGUGAUACAGAGCAGUAGGUUUUAACCCAGGCUCUGAAGAAUUUGGGGGUUCCUUGGGAUCAUCAGAACUCCCAAGAGAGAAGACCAACAUCAGAGGCCUGGCUUCCCUGAGAGAUAGCUUGUCCCUACUUAACUGGUCCUCCAGUGCAACGUGCAGCCACAAGUAAGCAUGGGGUGCAUUCUAAAAUGCAGUCUUUAUGGUGAGCAGAGGAAACAGCCCGAACGAACAAAUGGCACGUCACAAAACACAGCCCAGACUCCUCUGCAACAUGUCGAGUUUCUGUGGCACAUAAAGGGAUGACACCAGAAUCCUUUUGAGAGUAGGAAGGCUUGAAACACCACGCUUGGGAGCAAGGGCUGAGUGAACAGGAGAGGAUACGCUAGGCAUUUACUCGGAUCUGACCAAUGAAAUAGUGAGACACUCAGCUUUUCCGCCGAGCCACCUUCCGCUUUUGAGAAAACGGCAGGAAGAGAACACCUUUCUCCUACUGAUAGGCCAGGUAAACAGCUGCCUAGAUGCUAGAGCCACACAAGGUGAGAAUGGCUUGAAAGCCCAAGGUGUUCGUGCUCGCCUUCCUCCCCAGUGGUCCACCAAUGCCAUGGGAUCGCUGCAUAGUUUGGGGUUGGCUGGGGACAGCCGGAGCCUGCUGCAGCAGCAAGGUAGUACCCCCAAGCCAGACAUCACUCAAGGAAUCUGGGACAGGGUGACUCAAGUGUCCUCCUUACUUAGGAUGGACAAAAGUCCACACCAGCCACUCCUAACAUUUGGCUUCAGAGGCUACUGUGUUCAUCCUGCUGGUGAAAUUUAAAAAGCUGCUUUAAAAAAAAUGGCUUUAUUCAUUAAAUACCUUCCAUAAUAAAUUCAGAGAUGCACGAUGCAGUGCUAACCAUUUUAGUAGAACUACAGUGAAAGCAGCAAGGGAAAGAAAAUCUAUAAAGCCCUUGUUGGCAUUCAGUUUUCAUUUACAGGCCAUGUUUAGAACCGAGCCUAGGCUGAAGGGCCAGCUAGCUUGCCCCUAUGGACUGGCUUCCACACGAGAGACCUUCCACCCCAGCAGGAAUAGCUGCUGAGACAAGCCCACCCUUACGGUGUGUCCUGACCCACACAUAGGUUCGGGAAGUUGAGGUGGGCAACUUGGAUGGACCUCUGUUCCAGUUUACAAGUUCUGGGGUGGGGUAUCUAAGGGGUCAAGGUUCACAGGGCAGGUGAAAGGGGAGGGGGGGCAGGUUUAGCCAGGCCUUAUCGUUCCCUAUCAUGAAGUGUCAUUUUCCAGUGGUGUACAGUAUGACAGCGAUAUUGCUUGAAAGACUUUGAAUGCACCAAUUGCUUUCUGGCAUUUAAAAAAAGCAGGGGGGUAGACUGUCUGCAGAAACUAUAUGAUUGGAGGGCCGGAGCUAGUGAUUUUGCAGUAUUACAAAUAUCCACUUUCAGAUCUUCUGGAACACAACUACCUUUGAUGUCCUUGGGCUGGCAGGCACAAAAGGAACUCUCUCGUUUCAUUUUAAUUGUGCUCCUUGGAAGCAAGACAUAAAUCUAUUUAAUGUUUCCCCCCACCACUACCAAACAGAGAGAGAUGUGAUUUUUGUGUAUAUGCUAAUCCUUAAAAAGAUCUUUGUUCCCCUAAAGAAGACACACCCACCUCCCAUCCAUAAACACUUUAGUGCUAGCUGUUCAGAUCCUGUGGGGAUAGAGGAACGGAUACAAGUGCAGCAUUUCUGAUCUCUGAGCCAUGGCCAAAAGAGUGCUUUGCAGUGUCACACGGACUGUUGUCCGAGAGGUAACACAAGCCAGGGUCUCUCAACUGAGAUUCGAGAUCAGAAUUUGAAGCUGCUAAAGCAACUCUGCGACUGUGUUAAGAGCAAACUUGGGUAGCAGCAGUAAUGGAGUAAAUCACAGCAGUAGUUUAAAAUGGGCAGGAGAAUUCAGUACUAUAGGAAGGAAGCAUGUAGACCCCACAUCUUAACCACAGUUAAAAGACUAGGAGCAUUACUUAUAUCCCAGUCCUAAACUGGGCUGGUAUAUAAAAUCGCCCUCUUCCAUAGAAGGUCUAAAACAAGAGCCCUUAUAGCAAUUUUUAGUAAUCUUGAGGAAGUUUAAGAAACCUGCUUUCGUAAUCCAGCGCUCUAAAACAAAAUGUCUGCGUGCACAUGGGUCUCCACAUUCACUUCAAUGGAGAGAAGAAAUAUAUUAACAGAUCUCCUCCCUCCAUUAAUCUGGGACAUCUUUGAAAGAAGGGAGCCCCUCCGUUACAGGGAGAAUGAGAGUCUCUGUGUCUGACAGCUAAAAAAUGGUAGGCAUUUCAGAUCAAAUUACCAUUUGUAAAAAGUUAACACAAAGAAUUACCAGCCUAAGUGAUAACAGCCUUGCAUGAAUUAAGAAAUCUUCCCUACAUCUUAAUUAACUAUGAAUGGAAGGGUUUUUUUAAAAAAAUACAUUUGAA